UGCUUGGGUUGAUGUCUGCAGAUCCUGGACUACCACAAUAUGGCCAACAGCCUGACUUCAUGGCUGGUAGGUAUUCAUUGGAUGCUAGGUAUCCGGGCCAUACAUCAUCGGUUGCUUCUGGGGGGUUUGUGUCGGUUGACUCUAGUAGGAGUAAUGACGGACGCGGAGCUUUUUUUAGUCAGAAUCCUAACCGUGUAUCCAUGGGACUCAUUGAAGAAGAUGCUAACACACCCGAGAGGGAGACAGAUGCGUAUCUAGUAGAUGACCCGGAUGACGAGGAGGAUCAUGAUGACGAUGAAAUAGAGGAGUUUGACGAGGAUGAAGAAUCUCGUAAUGAUGGUCAUGCACGCACUCCGGAUGAAACCUCCAAAGGUUACAAUCUGAGGAUUGAUCCACCACGUCGCAGUGCUAGUCGCUACACUCCAUCUGUCAUCAAAAAGGCGGCCAAGAAAUGCAAGAAUUUAGUCAAGGAUGUGAAGUGGGCCAUGAGAAAGUAGUUGCCUUGUAACUUAUUUAUUUAAGUAGUAAUCACGUGGACCAUGUUGUAUUUAUGUAGUAUGUUUAGAGUAUGUACGCACUACAUUUAUGUUGUAUGUUUAGAGUAUGUACGCACUACAUUUAUGUUGUAUGUUUAGAGUAUUUACGCACUACGGACACUAUUCAGGUAUUGCUAA